CGCCGACAAGAUUUUAAAUUUUGUACCUAUCUUCAUACACAUAUAAAAAAUGUAAUGAAGUUUCGUACAUUUUCAAGUAAACAAAUGAUUAACUAUUGAAUAAUACAUGCAGAAGAUGAUUGGGCAUUAUUUCCACGUAAUUCAAAGUUAAAUCACCAUAACACGACAAAGUGGCUAAUCGUGGCAGGAUCCACAAGCAAUAUUUAGUAGGUGUCAAGGACAUAAUGGAAAAUUCAUGUUGAGCUCAAUAAUUCAGAUUCAUGAUCACAAAUUCACAAUAUAUAUAGAGCUAUGACCGUGAACUUUGAAUAUCAAACGCACUACACUCUACACCCUCAAACUCCAAUGCACAACUCAUCACGAGCUCUAACUCAAAAUGACAGAAAUACCCUCGUACACUAUUGAAAACCCUAUUUUCGAGCCUACAAAGGUUAAGAAACAAUACAACAUAUACUCUUCGUUUCUCCCGAUCAUCUUAUCGAUAUUCACCUACAUUUUUAUCUUCUACGUUCUUGACGUCUCUCCUUCAUCGAUCUUCAACAACUCAAAGAUCUUGUUCUUUGUUUCAAACGCACUUGUUCUCAUCAUAGCGGCAGAUUACGGUGCAUUCGCUGAGAGAGAGAACCACGACUUCUACGGAGAAUACACCGCCGCGACGAGAAGCAACACGAUAGAAAACUAUAAACCGGAAAACUCGGGCUAUGAGAUGGGUUUGGCCGAAGAAAUCAAAAACCGUAAGACACAAGAAGAAGAAGUCAGAGCGAAAUAUAUACCACGUUACUUGCAUCACAAGGACGAGGAAGUUCCUGAGAAAAAAUUACAAGUCGUAAGCGAGAACAUCCCGAGAAGCAAACUUAUCCAAAAACACGAGCCAACGACUGAGCACAACAUUAGUAAUGGAGAAACUUGCAAAGCAAGAAAGCUAGUGAACCCUAAACCCUACAGAAGAAGCAAAUCUGAUAAAGCAAGCUCAGAACGUCAUCGUCGAGAGAUCAAACCUAGGCCUAAGAGUUACGUUCGAAGCAAGUCUGACGAUAGCUCGAAAUGGAUGGUUGUUCACAAGGGCCAAAAGAAGGCUCAUGAGGAGGCGGAGGAGAAGUGGGAGAAUGUAAGAGAAGAAUCUGAAGAAUUCGCGAAGAUGUCAAACGAGGAGUUGAACAGACGAGUCGAAGAUUUCAUCCAAUGGUUCAACAGAGAUAUCAAACGACAAAGUUUAGUCUAAGUUUAAUUUCAUUUAAUUUGUCGUAAUACGGCAAGUCUAGUCAACCUUUUUGUGUCAUUUUUUGUUUAUUAUUUUUACUUUGCUUUUAUAUGCGUUUGUCGUUAGAGUUGGUAAUAAAUGAGAUCAUGGAGAUAAUCGUGAAUGAAUUUUAAUUUCUAUGGCUGAAAGUAAUGAAAGCAGAUGUUAAAAAAAAAAGAAUUCUUGCCUGCUUGUUUAAUUAAAGUAAACUCUCAUCCCAAGCUCAGGUGAAAGGACAAGAGGAAAGGACUGAUGAUUAGAUUAGGCCAUUACUUUACAGUUAGUGUUACUAAACUAGGUAACAUCUAUAUAGUACUGGGUGAUUUAGACAUUACAUUGCGAUGUAUUUGUUCCUGUCAGAUUCUUGGGUUUUCAAGAUUAAAGGCGACUGGAAUUAUUCUUAGAUGUCCGGCUUAAUCCACAUUCAGCAUAGAGAACUACUUUAAAUAAAAACUAGAUAACUUCAUGUGUGGGAUCAAAGGUAAACUGGAGAAUUCAAAGGAGUUUUCAGAAGUAUUUUGCGUUUAGUCUAGAGAAGAAUAUAAAACUGAGGCACCGUGAAGAUGGAGCACGGUUUAGGAUUUUCAUAAUGUAGUUUGCAUGUUUUUAAUGAUAGACUAGAUCUCGAUCCUCG